AAGUCUGAAGCGUCCGCUACCCAGCACACCAACGCGAUCGAACCAGUGCGUAGCCACCACAUGCCAGACCAGCUUUUCUCCUUGGUAGCGAGCGCUCCGCUGCAUGAAGAAGAGAAGUGAAGCGUUGUGAAUGCGCAAUAUUGUUGCACCUCCCUCCUUGCUGCUCCAAAACUGCCUCUUGCCCCAUGCCCUUUACCCAUUGUCCUUGACUCCUUGCCCUUUGCCGCUUACUUAUCAAAAUUGCCCCUAUCCCGAACCAACCACUCAAUCGUCAUCCUCUUCAUCUUCGCCCUCGUCCUCCUCAUUGGCACUUCCGACACGCAUACGAGUUCUUCUACGCUUGGAAGAGGGAUUUGCAGUACUCUCCCGCGUGCGCUUCUGGCCAGCUUGGGCAACGCUCUGCUCUGCAGCUGCCUUAGCAACACGGGCUUUGGUGUCUCUGCACAGUUGUGGAACCAUGGUCAACUUUUCGGCAUCCUCCAGUGCAUACCACUCGGCAACUGCCUUUGGCAUGUGUGUAGUGUCGGCUUAUAUGACCCUUCUCGUGGACAACAGUCUGAAUUAGAACGUGAAGUUCUCCGAGACCGCCCGCACCUGCUUCAAAUGCGAACUUGACGACACAGUCACCGAGAAGGCAAAGACCAAGCAGUACGAGUCCCAAGUCCAGCUCAAUCCAAAUCU